ACUGCAUCAGUGUUGAUAUUUUUUUAGUAAUUUCAUUUUCACAUUUUUAUCUGAGUGAAAAUAUGCAAAACAUCUGUUUUUGACGCAUUUUCUCUUUCUGUAUUUGUAGAAGGACAACAAAGGACCAAUUAACACAAAUUAUGGAAGAGCAUCUUUAUGACGAGCUCCUGGUGGAGCUCGAGUGCCCCAUUUGCACCAAUUACAUGUCCCCGCCGAUCCGACAGUGCGCCACGGGGCACAGCGUUUGCGACGCCUGUCGUAAAAAGCUCCCCAAGUGUGCUUUGUGCCAGGGAAAUUUCACUGAAUGCCGUAACCAUUCCUUGGAGGCGCUAGCGGUGAAGAUGCGUUAUCCAUGCAUUAACAAAGUGUCAGGAUGCACUGCGAAACUCACAUACACGGAACGCGAGACCCACGAACUGCGGUGCGCCCUUAAAGGCUUCAAAUGCGCCAUGGAGAAGUGCACAUGGGUGGGCAGACUAGAGGAUCUUGCCGCACAUUGGGCUUCAAAGAAAAUGUCCAGCAAGCCAUACCACAAGAGCAAUGUUUGCCACACCAAAAUGAAAUCUGAGUCUUAUUAUGUCAACAUGGUGAAUGCUUAUGAUAGGCUGUUUUGGUUCAAGUGUAAACUUACAAAGAAUAAGUUGUAUUGGGCUGUGCAGUACAUUGGGAAUGCGGCUGAAGCUGAGGGUUAUUAUUAUGAAAUUGAAAUUUUUAAGCCUGGAAAGACCAAGAAGAAAAUUCUUUUGAGUGAUUAUUGUCAGAGCAUCGAGCUUGAAAACAGUCAAUUGUUUGGAGAUGAUUCUUGUAUUUGUAUCAAUACUGAUGCUGUUAAUGGGUUCGUAAGUAAUGAUCAACUCUUAAUCUACUACUUGAGGGUGAAUGCUGUCAAAGAUGAAAAACCAGACCAAGCUCAAGGACAGGUCGCACAAGAUGUUACAUUUAAAACUGACAAAGGGGGCAGACAAAGAGACAGGUCUAAGGGACCUCCAAAUCUUGCCAAAAAGGAUUACAAGAAGAAAUUUAACCAACAUCAAAAUCAAAAACUAAACAAACAUAAGGAUGGAUUUGUCUUAUUGUAACUUUUAUAAGGGAAUAAUUUCACAUUAUUUUAUAUUAAUCAAAUUAUGUUACCUCGUUACUGCUUAAGUACAGGUUUAAAAACAGA